AUGUUCAAUAUAAACAGUGAUUGUAUCAGCGAUCAAGCUGUCGGCAAACAGGAGCAACAAGCAUGCCAUUCAUUGUCAACAAUUGAUGGAAAUAAUCGAUUUUCUCCGCCGACGACAACAAGAACUUCAUCAUCAUCAUCAUCUUCAUUAACAGCAUCAAAUUCUCACGAUGAUACUCGCCUAUCGUCAUCAUCGAAUAAGUUACUGCUUUCUUCCUCAUCGCCAUUAACAAUAGCCAAACCGAAACGACAUCGGACACGUUUCACACCGGCGCAACUCAAUGAGCUUGAAAGAUCGUUUAGUAAGACACACUAUCCAGAUAUCUUCAUGCGAGAAGAACUAGCCGUGCGCAUUAGUUUAACUGAGUCUCGUGUCCAGGUAUGGUUUCAAAAUCGACGCGCUAAAUGGAAAAAGCGUAAGAAAACUACGAAUGUUUUCCGUCAACAUUAUCCAUCUCAACACCCACAAUCGUUAACUCCAUACGGAUGUUUAAUUAACACAGCAAUCGAUGGGCAGACACCGUUGAAUCAAUCCGAUCAUCAUCAUCACCAUCAUCAUGUGAAAUGGUCGGGUACGACAGCAGCCAAUAAUUGUAAUCAGUUUCCGUUCUCAUCGGCAAAUUUUUCUCAGAUGGAUCAAUCACUGACUCCACACUUCUACUCAUCAACAGCCAUGGCUGAUUAUGUUAAUCUACCACCACCUUCGGCAGCAUCGACAACCUCACUCUUUUCGAGUGCCCUACCGUCGAUAAUCAAUAUCGAUCCGUUAAAUUCUUGCUCAUCAGUAUCAUCGUACAAUUUGCCAUUUCCUUCGUCAUCUUCCACAUUGGCAGUGGAUGUAAUGACUACUGACAACGAAGAUAUUUGGCGUGGUUCGAGUAUUGCCUCUUUGCGACGUAAAGCCGUGGAAUAUCAAGCAGGCAGCAAUAACAAUUUUAAAUAA